CAGUGUGUGUACAUGUGUGUAUGUACGUGUUAGAGAGAGCCUCUUUACGAUCACGGCCAGUUUUAUCGUCCGCACGAUGGCUCGCGUACCGUCACUGUUAUGUCUCAUCGUGCUGCCACUCAUCAUUCUAUACUCUGUAUCUCAUGUAAACGCAACCAUUUUUGUACCCGAAGAAAUUCCUUCUUUGUUGUCGGUAGUCUACAGUAAUAUGCCACCGAUUAAAAAAGGUACGGACUCGAAAUUAGGUGUAGGGUUCCGAUUGGGUCCGAACGCAGACGUGCAGUUCCAGUUAGAACUCGGGCCGCAGACCAACACGUUGCCGAUCGGUGGCAAUGCCGCUUCAGCACCCGCAGUUGCGAAUAAAAGGCACGCGACUGUAGGACAGGACAGUGACUCAAGCGGUGGAAAGCCAAAGGACUGGCUGAAUGCGUGGCGGUUGCAGAUGAGCCCUGGAUACGUGGCUGACGAAAGCAAUAACGUGGUCUCAGGCGAAGUUGCGGGUGGCAGCGUCGGUGACGGGUCCUCGGACGCGGUGGCGCACCUUAGACAGUUGUACAAACCACAACCGAUGACCGCGUAGUUGGGACACCACGCUAUUAAUUAAUUAUUAUUUUAAUUUACACUGAAUGAUAUUGAUUUUUUUCUAUUGCCCUUUUGUUUUGUACAUGCAGUUUAGGUUGGUGUUCAGCCAAUUUAGGUAUUUAUUAGUAUUGUUAGUGAUAUUUUUAUUGUGUAUAUAUUACGUAUGUAUAUUGGAAUUCUAAUCGAACGACCGUUUGUAAUAAAUAAUUAUUUAAAAAAAAAUUAUACAUGGCGUGAUGAUAAAAAACUUGGAUAUCUACUAAAUGGGCCUAAAAAUACUGACGUCAUUGGUUAUUCUAUUGAUUUAUUAUAUAAAUCAAUAAUCCGGCUUUCAUAAUUUGGCUUUAUCGAUUGAUAAACCAUUGUGUAACAACUUGCUAAUCGUUUCUUUAUGAACUAUAUUGUAAUACUUUCUAUACUGUAAUCGACAUUAUUUGGAGUGUAAGGCAUUGAUCCGAAUGCACAAACACAUUUAAACGGUCGACGUUUUACCUAACAUGCAUUAUUUGAAGAGCCCCUGACUUCGUGUCGUUCUGCACCGGUUUUGGUCCUAACUGUCGCAAAAUACGUAGCUCAUUUAUGCACAUUCAUGCAUAUAUUCAUGACAUAUAGCUUAGAAAAAUUUUAUUCUCAGCCUAUACAGAAAUGUAUAGUAUUUUAUAAAAUAAGAUGAAAAAUUAGAAAGUUUAGAACCGAAUAUUUUAUUUUUUAUUCAAUGAUGUUUGAUUAAUUGAAGAUUUAUCAUUUUUUUAGAUUGAUUUUUAUGCUUAUUUUAAUUGUUUUUAAUAUCGUAUAAUUUAAUUUUCUUUUAUGCUCUCAUUUUGAUAAUUUCAGAUCAUAUCGGUAUUACUACACUGUUACCUAUAUAUUUCACAGCAAUAACUUGCACAAGAUCAAUUGAGGUUGUGGAGGUUUUUGUAUAGUAGGUUAGGAACGCAUAAUUCAAUUAUUAUUAUUUCAGUGAUAUUUUUUAUAAGUAUUAGAAAAAAAAAUCUUCCUAAAAUAAUUAAAUAACAACAAAUUUAAGCUCCAAAAGAAUAGAAAAACAAACUUACGUAAACAUUGACUCUUCCAUUGAGACCAGCUAGCUGUGUGCAGAUAUGUGGAACAUCAUCGCCGAUUGAACAGCCAAAAUUAAUUUAUCGUAAUCGUGCUUUAAACUGGAAGUAUUGAGAUAUUUUAUGAAAAUUACUUCAAAAGAAUGAAAUAUGCGAGUACAAUACAUUAUGUAUUUAUAGGUUCUCUAAAGUACUAUCCAACUGUUUAUUAUUGGCUAAUUUUUUUCUCCGUUGAAAAUAUGACAUUUAUAAAUCGUCUUUAAGAAAUAGCGUUGGUCAUAGAUUAUAUAUAAAUAUAAGUUAAUAAAAGGUCUAUGAAUAAAUCAUAAUAUCUUUUUAUAUAUUUUAGAGAACUCUUUGUAAAAUAAGAUUUAAUAUCUUCUAGUUCAACUGUUAGUGCCAAAUUGAACCUUAAACUAAUAACUAGUCCGUAUACGUUUAUAGAUAUAGAAAAAUCUAUAUUAUUUCAUUUAAAUAUGGUAUACGGAUGGUUACGAAUUAUUUAAUCCACGAGGAUCAUAACCCAAUAACAUGGUUCAGUACUUCAUGCACUUAAAACUAUAAUAAUAUGCCCACACAAUUCAUAUAUGCAUUAAAAAUAUGUGCUUAAUAUUGUAUUAACUAUAUUUUUAUUGUUAAUUUAAAAAAGAUAGGCAAGAUGGUCAUGCUUUGCUAUACAUUAGGUGUUAAGUGGGUCAUUGUAUUAAAUUCGAAUUUAAUGAUGUAGGUAUCAUUUUAUACGAAGAACGAUUCAAAGCAGAGACAGUCUGCCAGCCUAUAUAACUAUGUUCAUUUCAUAACAUGUUUUUUUUUUUUAUAUAUAUAGUUAUUAGUCAUUUAUUUUAUUUUUAGUAUUACGGUAAUUUGAUUUAGUUUUUUCUAAAAAUAUUACAUUUAUUAUAUUAUUAUAAUAAUAACUAUUUGUAACAUAUUCUAUCAACUUUUACAACUCAUAAUUCAAUAACAUCUCUCUGUAAAUACCAUAAAACAAAGAAAAUAGAUUCAUCGUAUAA